AUGUCCGACUUCACCACGUUAUUGAGCGGGCUCUGGUUUCAGGGUGUGACGCCGCACCAAUACCGGCGGGAGAUGCGGCGCGACUUGUGCGCACACGCGACCGGAGAUCUCAUUCAGCAGUUGGAAGCGGUGGGGAUCGAAAUUCCCCCGCAGGACGCAGUCCGGGUAACAGAGGGGGGGGCAGUGGUGCGGGAGAGGAACGCUGGUAUGGAAGAUGUGAGGCAAGCACCGGUCACUCAAGCCGGGGAUGACGCACGGUUAACGGCGAUGAUGAGGGAAAUGGCGACUUUGAAGAACGAUGUGAUGUACCUGGACGCGAGCUUCACCGUCAUAGCCAGUUUUGUGGGAUUGAGGCGCGACAAGGUGGUGUCCGCUGCAACCCAACUACUGAUGCAAGGCAACCCCGUGAGAUCCGGCGCGAAAGCAGAGGCAUGUGGCACCAAGAAUGCCCCACACACUCCACAACGUCCAUCCGGUCGCAAGAGGCGUGAUGACAGCAGUCUAGAGGAGGAUGGCGUACGCAAUGCCACCCGUGUUGCGCUGGCCUCCUCGUUCGCUGCAUGUGAUCCGACAGCGCGCUUGCUGCAAAACCCGCUGCUGUCGGGAGGGCCAUACCUCAUUGGAUUCACAAGAGUCAAGUUGGAGAAAGCAUCAGGCAAGUUCGGCGUGAAGAUCCUGAUCAAGGAAGGAGAAAAGCGUAAGCAAGAGCGGCUAGGUGCAUACACCUCGGAGGAGGAGGCGGCGUUUGCGUACGUCGCAGGUGCGUUCGUCCUGAGGCCACGAGACAAGAUACCCAACACGGUCAGUCUGUCAGCCGCAGAGAAGGCGAUGCUGCGUGGAUGCACCAAGGAAGAUCUGCAGCUCUUGAUGGAAGCGCGGAGGUGGUGGAGGUGGCGGAGCUGGAGGGAGGCGCGGGAGGGCGUGAACUGGAAGCUAAAACGAGGGAGGAAGCAAGUGGUUGCCACGCGCACGUCAAAGAGGCAGAGGGUGGUGGAUAGCAACAACAAGGCGGCCAACAAACCAGACGACCCUGACAAUGCUGAGAGUGGGGGAACGGCCCCUGUGCACAACGGCAGCGGCGGGUGGCUCGGCACAACGAAGCCGAGGAGGGUGUGGAAUACUCUGUUGCACAUGAGAAAUGAUGGCAGUGGUGCAGAGAGUGCUUCAUCGUUCGAGCGCAAUAAAGAGGAUGGCGAUGCAGACUCAGACACAUCGGCCUCAGCCUCACCCGAAGAAUCCGGCGAACCUACCAUUGGAGGGAAGACGACCGACGAUGGGUGUGCGGGAACCGCUUCACCCAAAGCAGACGGGCGCGAAAGUCGGGGCGCGGGGGAGACGGAUGUGUUUCGGGGAGAAGGCCGAGGACAUGUGGACGAGCAUGUGGACCGCGCAUGCGGGACCCCAGUGGACACCGACGGCAAUGACGUGCGCAUCUCGAGCAGGGUUCUCGAGCAACUCAUCCGGGCUCAGGACAGGAGCGCCAAGGAGAACGCGCGGUUGGAGGCGCUGUUCUUGAAUGCAAUGGCGCAGCCUUCUGGUGGAUCUCGUAAGCGUAAGGCUUGGAAGCAGAGAGACCCAGAGCAGGGGUGCAUGAACCCGAAGCAUCAGCGUGGCGAGACAUGGAGCAGCGGGUCGGACGAUGAAGAAGAGGACGACGAGGAAGAUACGCAUGGUUCUGGUGGUCGUCAUAUGCGUACUGCAAAGUCUCCUAUUCUGCAACGCGCAUUGGAGCAUCUGCCGACAGACAAGGCGUGGAAGGGUGCGCAGCGGGUUUGCGAGCUGGCUAGAGUUCACAUGUUUCUCAACAGACCCACGUCGUCAAUGACCUUCUACCCGAGCAGCGACGAUAAGACUCACGGAGUGUGCGCGAUGCUGGACCGCCUGCCUCACAGCUUCGCCUGUUUGGCAUUGGCGGCUGACAAGUCGCGACGGGCGGAUCUCAACAAGACGCUGUCGGAGUGGAAGACAAGGGCUGCCGCUCGCGUGCGAGACAUUGCACUUCCCAAGUUCGGCCUCUUCCGGGACGACAGGGACGCAUCCAGCCCGUGGGCACCUGAAAAGGAGCAUAGUAUCGAGAAGAUAAGGGAGCGUAUUGGGCUUGGCGCUGACCCCCCUGGUGAGUGCAUGAGACGCGUGUUGGAGUCGUCGACCGUUUCUAGUCAUGCACCAAUGCGAGAAUGGUGGACAUUGAUACCCACGCUUCGCAUGUGGUGUGCAGAAACUCUAGUGCUGACCAGCUGGGCGCACGACAGAGAUGGCAUGCCGUUUGCCUCCCGGGCGUUCGCGACAUGUGCGAAGGCUGCCUUCAAGCCGAAGAAGGCAGGGCUGGUGAUGACCCUUAAGGUGUACUACCUAGCCUGGUUGGAGCAUGUGGUCUCCGACUGCGUCCUCUACUGGGAGGCGCGGAAAGGCCGGCUCUCCAACUCGGCGGGCGGGAACGCCCACGUUGUGGAUGGGCUCAAGGUCUUGGUCAAGGAGGCCGUGGAGAAGGCGAUCCGUAUCCGCAACCCCGAGUAUGACGCGGAGCGCGAGGCGUGGAUUUGGGGGCACCAUGGCCUGCGCAUCUUUGCGUGCGGCCUGGAGCACAUGAAGCCCGCGGCCGCCGCCCAGUCCGAAGGCAUCGUAGGGGAUGACGACCUUUCGGCAUCACUUGGUGCUGAGUAG